GAAUCAAAUGUUGUUGAAUCCAUCUCCGAAGGGCGAAGGGUGAAAAUGAAAAGAUAGAAAGGUGAAAGAAAGUUAUAAAAGAAAAGCAGUUAAUUAGAUCCGGUGGCAAUUGGUGAUCUGAAUUCUCAGGAGUUGUCAAGAUCGGUUGCAAGAGAGAAAUGAAGGGGAGCCAAAGCAUGGAGACAAUAAUGGGGGAGGUAGAGGAAUUCGGGUGGAGAGAGGUGACGUUGCCGACGUUGAUACCGAAAGUAGGGCAUCCAGAACUGGAGAGGGAAUCCUUUGAGAGGAAGAGAGGGAGAGACAUCCUAGUGGCCAUUGAUGAAAGCCCAAAUAGUAAGUGCGCCUUUGACUGGGCCCUUAUCAACCUCUGCAGGCUCGCCGACACCCUCCACCUCGUUCAUGCCGUCUCUGAUGUGAAGAAUGAAAACGUUUUUGAAGCGAGCAGGGGCCUCAUGGAAAAUCUCGCCGCGGAGGCUUUUGAAGUUUGCAUGGUGAGGACGUUUGCUCGAAUCGUCGAAGGAGAUCCAGGCAGGGCAAUUUGUAAAGUAGCAGAUCACAUAAAGCCAGCCGCGGUUGUAAUGGGCACAAGAGGCAGAAGCUUACUCCAAUGUGUGCUGCAGGGUAGUGUAAGUGAAUAUUGCCUCCACCACUGUAAAUCAACACCCAUUAUAAUAGUUCCGGGCAAAGAGGCUGAAGAGUAAAUCAGUUAUUUGAUUGAAGCUUAACAUCGGUACUUUCUCGAAGAAGCCAUGCUUUGGGUAGCUAGAAAUCUAGAACGAGACGAGUUUGUUAGAGAUUUCUUUUGCAUAGCACCUGCUUGUUUGGCAUCUACUUCUUUUAAACAUCUAUAAUUGCUGGAGAAAAUAGAAAAGCUUUUGAUGGAAUUUUGCUUUAA